AUGGAAAUCCAAAUAUUGUCUGACCUCCACCUGGAAACCCCCCGAUCGUACGACAUCUUUGAGAUUGUACCCAAGGCACCAUAUUUGGCAUUGCUUGGUGAUAUUGGCAAUGUCGGAUCCGACCAAGGCGAGUUCCUGGAAUGGAUCACUCGCCAGCUAAGGCAGUUUCGAGCCGUCUUCCUCGUUCCCGGUAACCAUGAGGCUUUCCAGACGUCUUGGCCAAAUGCACUUGCAGUCCUCGGCGACUUCGAACGGACCGUCCAGAAGGAUGACUCGUUGGGCGAGUUCGUUCUGCUCGACCGCCGUGCAUAUGAGAUCCCGGAUAGCGAUGUUGUCAUUCUAGGCUGCAGCUUAUUCUCGUUUAUCCCACCCGAGAGCGAGAAUGACAUCAGCUUUGGCCUCAACGACUUUUAUCGCACGAGUGACUGGGAUACGACCAUGCAUAACGCUGCGCACGAGCGAGAUCUUGCAUGGCUCAACUCUAAGGUCGCCAAGUACGAUGCGAGUGAGGCUAGGAUUGUGAUUCUAUCACACUGGAGCCCCUCCGUCGACACUCGCGCCCUGGACCCAAGACACCUCAACAGCCCUAUCUCGGGCGCUUUCUCCACUGAUCUGUCAGGGGAGGCGUGCUUUAAGAGCCCCCAGGUGCGGUUGUGGGCUUUUGGGCACACUCAUUAUAAUUGUGACUUCAUGGUAGAUAGAGGAGAUCAGGUUGGGCCAUUGAGGAUAUACACCAACCAAAGAGGCUAUUAUUUUUCUCAGGCUCCCCGGUUUGAUGCAGAGAGCGUUGUUCAGAUAGUGUGA